AACAGCCUGCAAAUAAUGCUCUGGUACCAGCAAACAGAGAGCGGUCUGAUUCAUUUAAUUGGAUACAGCUACACUGGCAGUGACCCCACCUAUGAGAAGCAGUUUGAAGAUCGGUUCAAGAUGACAAGACAAGACAUCCAAACAGGAGCUCUGAUUGUUCCCAGUGUGAAUCUAUCAGACUCGGCUGUGUAUUUCUGCGCUGCCAGUACACAGUACAAUACAAAUGAGGCUUACUUUGGAAAAGGAACCAAACUGACUGUUCUGGAACCAGGACUUAAUAUCGCCGAACCAACAGUCAAAGUGCUUCCACCUUCUCCAGAGGAGUGUCAGAAGAAGACCAUUGUUUGUGUGGCCAGUGGAUUCUACCCAGACCAUGUCGGUGUAACCUGGAUGAUCGACAGAGAGGAUACCACCGGUGAGGCAACCGACAGAGUUGCCCUCCGGGAAGAAAACUAUUACAAAAUCACCAGCAGGCUGAGGGUCUCUGAAAACGACUGGUUCACACGCGACAAAGAGUUCACCUGCACCGUCAGCUUCUUCAAUGGGACACAUACUAAACAUUUUCCAAAAACAAUUUAUGGGGUAAAAGCUAAAGAAGGAGUCCUGACAAGAGAGAAAUAUUUGAGGGUCACACUGACCGCCAAAUACUCCUACGGUGUUUUCAUCAUCAAGAGCAUCGUCUACGGAGCCUUCGUGGCGUUCCUGGUGUGGAAGCUUCAGAGAUUAGCCGGGAAGCAGAACGACUGACAGCGGAGGUCAGAAUAAAUAAAUCUAGGAGAUCAAUAGUGUUUGAUUCUGUAAAUAAGGUGGACAAGUUAUACAUCCACGUCGUUGUAUGUUGCAGUGCAUUUACACUCUGCUAAAAUAGAGGAACAGUUCUGUGCAUAUUGUUGUUAAAACUGCCAUACAAAUAUUUUGGGUACCAACUUUUUACAAGUACUUAUAACAAUAAUUCUGUGUUUGUGGUCGUGAAUUGCUUGGUUGCUUGAUUUUCUUCUCAAUAAAAGUAUUUCAGAGGA